UCUUUCAGGUUUCUAGCUAUAAAUUAUUGUUUUCUUUUCUGGUUUGAGUAUAAUUCAAGGUUAGCCGUAAAAACUGUUGUCAUGGUUUGUUGAAUCAAUCUGGUACCUACUGCCCCAACCAAGGUCAUUUGUUUCAGUUUAAUUUUAUUUCACCCCUCCUGAGCUGAAGUGAUUGUGUUGUUAACAUGACCGACAACGAAAUAGAUAUUUUAAAAAAUGAAUUGGAACACGAAAAAACAUGCAGAGACUCCGCCGCAUGGCAGAAUGGUGAGCUGGAGAAACAGAUCAUGUCGAUUCAAGAGGAGUUGCGCAAGAGCGACUACCCAUGGGACGGCGACGACGACCUGGUUAGAGAGAACAACAAGCACAAGCAGGUGAUGGAGUGCAUCGAGUCUUUGAGGGACCAGCUGCCCAUACUGCGCGAGAAGAUCAAGAACGCCAAAGUCUGCGGGAUAGAUUGCAAAUUAAAACACGACGAUCUGAAUAUCAACUUGGAUAUUUUAACUCCUGCGGAGUUACUUCGCACAGUCAAGAGAUUCGAGAGAUUGAAGACUGAUCUGAUCAGUACACUCCGCAGUAAGGAAUGGCGCCUAGAUUCAGAGUCUAAGUUGUUUGUGAGGGUGAACGACCAGCGCACGUAUCUCCAGAAUGAGCUGCUGAUAUGCCAGAACAACAUCUUGCGUUUGCAGAAGAACGGACCUUAUUGGCAGAACGUUCCGCGAAAGAGCGACGAGCGAGUGCUGGACCCAAAGCGAGGACCUAUAAAGAAGAUGUUUUCUGAGCGUCUCCCGCCCAUUCCCACGCAAUGACGUCGUCCGCUGUAACACCGAUGUUUAGUUCACUUGAUAUUAGGCGUAGGCGGUAGUGGUUGUAAUGAUGGUACUAGCCGUCAGGUCUGUGUUCAACUUAUUAUAUCCCAACCUAAAGUAAUUUGGAAAGACACUUUAUCAGCCAACGUAAGUUAGAAUAUUCAUAUACAUAGUCAAGGAGCGUGAGACAUUUCUGUGUCCAUCAAUGUGCGUCAUAAAGGUUAUUACAUUAUUUCUUCCUCUGUGAUAAGGAAUACAUUUAUUAUUCUUCUCUAUCACCGUCUAGCACCCUAGAACAUACAUUAAUUAACGAACAAACAGUAAAAAAUCUUAAAAUAGUUGAAUCAAUUUGUAUCUGGUUCGAAGGACCAACAGAAGGGUACUGAGGUAUGUAAACAAUUAUCCCACUAGUACUAAGGUUAACAUGUUUUAAUGUUUUAAUUAAAUAAAGUAACAUCACUGUUAGUAAAAUGAAUUAGAAUAAUAUUAUAGUAACAUUUAAUCCUUCCUGUAGAUUAGACAAGAUGUUUACACCAGAUUAUUUGCUAUAUCACUUGAAUUUUGUGGCGGUUAUAUCGAGAAGUAACUUUGGAUCCCCCUAAAACUACUAACAUACAGCCGGCAUAAGGCGCUGCGCAUUUAUCGCGUCCUUUAUAUUGCCCUGCGAAUCAUGUCGGCUGUGUGCUAUAGGCUUAAUAGUGUUGUUAUAGAAAAUACAAACAGAAUUGUAAUUUAAA